GGAUAUAAUAUAAAAAAUGAGAUAUGUAAUUAUAAUAUGGAUAGAUAUAAUACAUAUAAUAAUAUGAAUGUAAAUAAAAAAAUUAUUAUUAUAAUACCAGAUGAUAAAAAAACAAAACGGAUAAUAGAUUUAUUAGCUAAAUAUGUAACUGAAGAAGGUUAUAGUUUUGAAGAGACAAUUAAAGAAAAAGAAAAAGAUAAUCCAAACUUUCAUUUUCUUUUUGAAUCUUCAGAUUUAUUUUAUUAUUAUAAAUGGAGAGUAUUUUCAUUUGCUCAAGGAGAUAGUUAUAAAAACUGGAGAACAGAUCCGUUCCAUAUGUUUUCGAAUGGUUAUUUGUAUGUACCUCCAUCGAUAGAAAAAAAAAACAAGGCUCUUCUCAUAAAACGAAAAAGAGGGAGAAAUAAAAGAGGUCAUAUUGACCAGAAGAAAAAGAAUAAACUUAUAAAUAUUUUAAGUACAUUGAAUAAAAAGAGGGUAAGUAUAUGUCGUGCUAUGAUAUUUUGCACUAGACAUAGUGAUUAUAGUUUGGAUAUAAUAAAAAUUAUAUCAACCUUCUUGACAGAUAUGAAAUAUGAUUUAUUAAGAAAGAUCAAUCUGAUAUAUUUAUUAUCAGACAUUCUUUAUAAUUGCAGUAAUGAAUUUUUUUCGUCGUGGUCAUACAGAAAAGAUAUAGAGGAUGAAUUGCCUAAGAUAUUUUAUUUUUUAAGAAAACAUAUAAAAAAAGUUGAUAGUAAAAUAAAGGGCAAGAUGUUUACAGAUAGCUUAAUAAAUAUAUUCAAUAUGUGGAAUACGUGGGCUAUAUAUAAUUCGGUGUAUAUGAAUGGCUUACUGUGUUUAUUAUUUAAUAUGAAGAUAAAUUAUAUAAAUGAUAAUAAAAGUGAUGAAGAAAAAUGUGAUGAGAAUAUAGAUGGUCAUAAAAUUCAAUAUUAUGAUGAUAUAAAAAGAUAUCCUUUAUCUUUAAGAAGAAAUGCUUAUAUGUAUUUUCAAAAGGAGGAAAAUGAAAUAAAUAAAUUAUGCCUACAAAGAGGUUUAUAUUAUGAUGAAUAUUUUACUAAAAAAAAAAAAAUAAAAUACUUAUUAUUAUAUGAUAACUUCUGUGUAAAGAAUAACUUAUCUAAUACAAAUAAUAAUCAACAUUUUAUAAAUAAUUAUUUUUUCUCAAGGUGA